AGUGUGGCAUCUUGGGGGAAACCGGUCGCCAGCCACUACGACGUUAACCGGAGACCAACGUUUGUAUAUAAGGAGGAGUCUUCUCCUCUCUGGUCAUCAGACCUACAGACGCCUCAGCAUCAUCCAGUGCCUAGGACUUCCAGCAGAAUGAUUGGACAAUCAACUCUUCUCGUGGCAUUGGCCAUUUGUGCCUUAGCAACGGCUCUUCCAGGAAAGCCUUAUGGAGCUGGAGUAGGAGGCGUUGGAGGACUUGGAGGUGUUGGAGGACUCGGAGGUGUUGGAGGCCUUGGAGGUGUUGGAGGACUUGGAGGUGUUGGUGUUGGAGGUGGACAUCUUGGAGGUGCUGGUGUUGGAGGAGGGCACCUUGGUGGACAUAGUGGUGGCCUUGGAGGUGGAGCUUUAGGUGGUGGCCUUGGAGGUGGAGCUUUAGGUGGUGGCCUUGGAGGUGGAGCUUUAGGCGUUGGAGGAUCCUCCUUCAACCCAGCCCACUUCCCAGACCUCGUUCCAGGAUUCCAAUUCCACCAGUCCCAUCCAGGACAGGGAUUCGGUGGCUGCAAAUACUGGUGCCGUAGCUCUUACCAGAACAACUAUUACUGCUGCACAAGGUCCACCUAUGCUGGAUAAGGAACUGGAAUGGCCCUCACGGAAAAAUAGUUGUUUCUUCAAGAAAUCGUGAAUUAAAUUAUCUGUUUCCGAUUUUUAAUUAAAAUAAAAAAACUUAUUGGUA